GCCGCCCGGGCUCGUCCCGCCGCCCUCGGAGGACGGCCAGCCAUGGACGCCUGCAAGUUGGAGCUGAGCGGGAGGGCGUGAGCGCGUCGGGGGCCGGGAGCCCGCGCCUCGCAGCCCGGCAGCCGGGCGCGCCGGGGGUGGGUCUCUCUCCAGCCCGGCUCUGCGUGGAGAAGAGGGCGGGACCGGCGCGAGGAGGAGAACGGAGGAGGCGAAGGGGGCAUGACUCGUGCAACUCGCGGCGGGCAUCUGGCGAGCUUCUGAGCCGGCGGCACCCGGGCCCGGAUUGCGGCCGCGCGCGCAGAACCCACCCAGCCCACCCCGCCCUGGCCGACGGCUGCGGCUGACCUGGAUCCCGCGAGCGCCUGCGGACCGCCAGCGAUCCGCCUUCGUCUUCCGGGCUGUUUUCUGGAGCGCGGGGAGCGCCCUGCUCACCGGCCCUCUCGCCGGACCCCCGGACCCCGAUGGCUCGGAUGGGGCUCGCGGGCGCUGCUGGACGCUGCUGGGGACUCGCUCUCUGCUUGACGGCUCUCUUCUGCCCAGGUGCCCGCACGCAGGUGGUACAGGUGAACGACUCCAUGUAUGGCUUCAUCGGCACAGACGUGGUGCUGCACUGCAGCUUUGCCAACCCGAUGCCCAGUGUGAAGAUCACGCAGGUCACGUGGCAGAAGGCCACCAACGGCUCCAAGCAGAAUGUGGCCAUCUACAACCCUGCCAUGGGUGUCUCGGUGCUCGCUCCCUACCGCGAGCGCGUGCAGUUCCUGAGGCCCUCCUUUAUUGAUGGUACCAUCCGCCUCUCCCGCCUGGAGCUGGAGGAUGAGGGUGUCUACAUCUGCGAGUUUGCCACCUUCCCUACAGGCAACCGUGAGAGCCAGCUCAAUCUCACUGUGAUGGCCAAACCCACCAACUGGAUAGAAGGUACCCAAGCUGUGCUUCAGGCCAAGAAGGGACAAGAUGACAAGGUCCUGGUGGCCACCUGCACGUCAGCCAAUGGGAAGCCUCCCAGUGUGGUGUCCUGGGAAACAAGGCUAAAAGGUGAAGCUGAGUACCAGGAGAUCCGGAACCCCAAUGGCACGGUGACAGUCAUCAGCCGUUACCGCCUGGUACCCAGCCGGGAAGCCCACCAGCAGACCCUGGCCUGCAUUGUCAACUACCACAUGGACCGCUUCAAGGACAGCCUCACCCUCAAUGUGCAGUAUGAGCCUGAGGUGACCAUUGAGGGGUUUGAUGGCAACUGGUACCUGCAGCGGAUGGAUGUGACGCUCACGUGCAAAGCUGAUGCUAACCCUCCAGCCACUGAAUACCACUGGACUACGCUGAAUGGUUCUCUUCCCAAGGGCGUGGAGCCCCAGAACAGGACCCUCUUCUUCAAGGGACCUAUCACCUACAGCCUGGCAGGGACCUAUGUCUGUGAGGCCACCAAUGCCAUCGGCACGCGCUCCGGCCAGGUGGAAGUCAACAUCACAGAAUUCCCCUACACCCCGUCUCCACCUGAACAUGGGCGUCGCGCGGGGCCAGUGCCUACAGCCAUCAUUGGGGGCGUGGCGGGGAGCGUCCUACUGGUCCUGAUUGUGGUCGGCGCUAUCCUGGUGGCCCUGCGCCGGCGUCGGCACACCUUCAAAGGUGACUACAGCACCAAGAAGCACGUGUACGGCAAUGGCUACAGCAAGGCAGGCAUCCCUCAGCACCACCCACCCAUGGCACAGAACCUGCAGUACCCGGAUGACUCAGACGAUGAGAAGAAGGCCGGCCCGCUGGGCGGCAGCAGCUGUGAAGAGGAAGAGGAGGAAGACGGAGGGGGUGACCGCAAGAUGGGCGGCUCCCACCCCAAAUACGAUGAGGACACCAAGCGGCCACCCUACUUCACAGUGGAUGAAGCCGAGGCCCGGCAGGACGGCUACGGGGACCGGACUCUGAGCUACCAGUACGAUCCUGAGCAGCUGGACUUGGCUGAGAACAUGGUUUCUCAGAACGACGGGUCUUUCAUUUCCAAGAAGGAGUGGUACGUGUAGCCCCUCCUUGGGGCCUCUGUCUGUGCCCACAUCUCCCUGCCCCUACCCGCACGCCCCCUUCCUGCCCCGCUGCCAGCUCCUUCGGGAGCUACACAGAGACUCAGCUCCUGCCCAGAGGCAGCCCUGAACUCCUGGGAAGCCAGGCAAGUGGAGGGCAGCCCUGACCUGGCGUUGUUUUGAUUUCCUGCUCCUCCUCCGGCCCUCCCCUGUGGUGUUGUGUUCCACUGUGGCUUUGGUGUUGCUAUACCUUUCUUCAAUGACCCCCCCCACUGCCCUCUGUGUGGGGAGCCCUGUUCUUGUCUUGUGUACCUGGGCAUCCCUCCAGGGUUUGGGGAGCCAGCCCUCCCCGGCCCCCCAACACUGGAAUUUGUUUGUGUUCCCUUUGUUGGGGAGGAGCGCUGAGGGGCUCCAAGCAGAAGAUCCCCUACCCCCUCCACCGAAUGCUGCUCCUCUUCCCAAGGAGAGGGAACCCAACACCCCCACAUAAGCUGAUGCAGUUGGGGUGUGGGGCCUCAUCGAGACAGCUGGUGUGACCUAGAGGUGGGGGUGUGACUUCUCCAGAGCACCCAGGGACAUCUUGUUUGUUAAGUGAUUCUGUUGAGGUUCCCACCUGGAGCUUGGGCAGUGUGCUUACCUGGUGAAGGUGGUAUUACAUUUUUUUCCUCAUUGGUUUACAGACUCAGUCAACCCAGCUCUGGUGCCUCCCUCCCCGUCCCCUAGUCUGCUCCCCGCAGAGGGGAGGACCCCAGGUGGACUCUGCCCACACUUCCUGUAUGCCUGUGCCCACAUAUGCACAACGUACAUGCACACACGCCACCCUAUGGCUGCCUGCUGUCCCCUGGGAUCACAUGCCCCACCCAGGCUGGACCCUGCCUAGGGCCUGUCCCUCUCUGCUCCGCCUCUUUCCCCGUUCCCAGCUAGGGGUAGGAGCAGCCUGUGGAAACUUCCAGGGACAUCGAGGAUGGAACCUCCUGGAGGCCACCACUCUAGGGUUUCCCCUUACAACAUGGAAGUUUCUCAGAUUUCUCCCUUAUCUGUCAAGUGCUAACAACACUUGAUUCUCUUGGAAAGUCAGGGCUGGGAUCCCAGAAGUACCUGCAGGAGUCAGGGGCAAAGAAGUAUUUAUGUAGAGAAAGAAUUCUGCAUGGGAAAAGCUCUGCACACAGCCUGGUAGGCAGGGGCACAGCUAGCACCUCACACAUGAAGGCCAGUGUGGACAUCAUGGGCCUCCCAAAAAAUGUAAGGGUGGUGGAGAAGCCAGGGAGCCCACUGCUCACCCACCCUCCACUCCCUGCUCCGCUCCCUCUGGUGCCUGCUCUGGGCUGCGAGCACAGAUUCCCUCCUUGAGCGGGACUUGGGGUUUCUCUCGGGCAACCAGGACUGGGCCUUCCCACAGAUGCCAUGGAGGAAGGCCUCUCCCAGCCCCCUCCAUCUCCCAGCUCCAAGUGCCUCAGUUCCUCCAUCUGCCCCCCAGGGCCCUGGCACUCCAAAAGACGUGCCCAUGGGAAGACCCUGGGAUAACAGGAGCGGGCCCCAAGCGCCCUUAGGCCCGCCUCUUAGGAUCUCAGCUCCCUCAGCCCAGGGUGUCAAGCUCUGUAGGAUGGCCAGUGUUGGGGGGAGGGAGGCAAACCACUCUGUGCCCCACGGGCACUGACCCACCCUGCCAUAGGCUUCCUAGGGGAGCCCUUCAGUCCCCACCUACUCCCUCCCUGGUGCUGCUAUUGAACCCCAGCUGAACCUCCAUCUCUGCCCUGGCAACCUUGGGCCCACCCGUUGGGCCACUUUCACCAGCCCUCACUGCCCUGACCCUAGUCCAGGCCGCCCAGUAGCCACGUAGCAGAAGUCUGAAGCCAUGUGAACCCCGGGGCGGCUCUCCCCUCAUGGCAUGGGGGACACUGGAUGAGGUGGAGGUGAGAAGAAAAAUCUAGGAUCAUUUUAGUCCCAGGGCAGAGGGAAGUGGAGGAGCUGGGCCGCUUCUCCCGAAGUAUUAGUGUCCCCUGGGGCAGGGGACCUUUCCCACCUUACAGCACUGUCCCAUCCCUCCUCAUGCCAGUCUGGCCUCUCUUCUUGGUUCCCUUGUGCCCAGGCAGGAAGCAGGCUAAGGCUUCUACCUGAUAGAGGCAUUUUCUGUCCCUGUGGAGCCCCAAAACAGAAGAUUCGUCCUCCUGCGUCUCCCCCACACUGCCACUAACUAUUCCUCAUUUGGGGACAGACCAAGGAGGCUCUGGGCCUAGCCAAAGCACUUGGUCCCCACAUCCACACCUUUCUCCCAAGCAAAGCACAAACUGUGGGGUCCACACAGCUGGGGUCAGGAGCCUGCCAGGCAGCUGCUGCCCUGGUGAAGAGAGGGCAUGAGGUAGGGGUCAGCACAUGGCCUAGGUACAUGGGGCUUUCCAGGUCCCAUGUUUGCCAGCAGUGGGUACUGCUGCUGGGCUGCAGACAUAGCUAGCAAAGGGAGAUCCAGCCCAGCAGGAAGAUGUGGACGUUUUGCGUCUCCUUCAUGCCCCCAGCAUGAGCUGAGCUGCUUUGCUGAAAAUAAAAUAAACUUGGUAUUCAUUGUGCCGAGGCCUCCCCCGUCGUCAUCCUGCCUCGUGUUGCUCUCCUGGUCCUUGCUGUCUACCCCUAUGCCCGUGUGUCCUUGCAGAUUUUGGUAUCGUUCUAAUGUGCAACGACCAUCCAAGUCCCCUCUUGCCAGAGGAUCUGAAAAGCAGCAGCACAGAAUCAGUGAACACAAGGCUGCAAGUGCAGCCACCUCAGGCCUAGCACACAUGCACACGGCGGGCACACGCACCUCGCACAGACCCAAGCACAGGUGUGUGUGUGUGCAUGCGUGCACACUCAUGCCCAGAUGGGCGCUCAGCACACACAGGUAGACAUGGCAGAGGAAUGGCUGUACCCUGCUGGACGCCUUGAAGGAGAAGCGGGGACCUCCCAGUGCUCAGGCCCGAAGGAGACCCACAGAGGCCCAGGGCUUGAGCAUGUGCCCCCUCUGCCGGCUCCACAGGUGCCCCAGCCACUGGCCCAAGAACUUUUCUGCCAUCCUCAAGGCAGAAGCAUCGGGACUUGUGUCAGGUGGAUGCAGGCAGCUGACUGAGCCUGGCAGACUCUUGUGUUCCUCUCCUAGGACAAGGGGGCAAGCUCCCAGGCCCUGCCAGGCCUGACUGCCAAUGGAAACCCUCUCCUGCGGAGGGGCAAGGGCGAUGCCCGGGAGGCUAGGGCUCCAGGCCACGCUGCUGCCACCAUUGCUGCUGCUCUUCUGACCCUGCUGUGAGGAAUGGGCUUGGUCAGGAAAAAUGGCUUUCCUUUUUUUGUACAAAUGGAAACAAAAUCCAGGAGAAGCUGCCACCCUCACCUCUGAGUGUGACUCGCUUCCUUUGCUUCGGUUUCUUCGUCACCAUUUUCGUCUUUGGUCCUGGGGACGGCCCAGCAGAUUCUCCUGGUUCUGACCUAAGGGGUGUUUGGAUCACCUCCUUUUACUUGUAUAAAAAAAAGAUGGAUUGAAAAAUGUACUGAGGAAGAAAA